CCGGAAGGUUCAUAAUAAAAGGCUUAGUUGUGAUUUCUAAUUUCUGAUCCACAAACGACGAUCGACGAGGGUCCAAACCUCCGCUGUAGCAGUUUCAGUUUUCCCUCGAUCUUCUUCGAUUCGAUCCUCUGAGUCUGAGAAAAUGAACGACGCAGAUGUCUCCAAGCAAAUCCAGCAGAUGGUCCGGUUUAUCCGCCAGGAAGCCGAAGAGAAAGCCAACGAGAUCUCUGUCUCCGCCGAAGAAGAAUUCAACAUCGAGAAGUUGCAAUUGGUUGAAGCCGACAAAAAGAAGAUCCGCCAAGAGUUUGAGCGCAAAGAGAAGCAAGUCGAAAUUCGGAAGAAGAUUGAGUACUCUAUGCAGUUGAAUGCUUCUCGGAUAAAAGUUCUUCAAGCUCAAGAUGACGUGAUUAAUAACAUGAAAGAUGCAGCAUCCAAGGAUCUUUUGCGUGUGAGCCAUGAUCAUCAUGUGUACAGGCACCUUUUAAAAGACCUCAUCGUUCAGAGUUUGCUGAGGCUGAAAGAGCCAUCUGUCUUAUUGCGAUGUCGGAAAGAUGAUGUGCAUUUGGUAGAGCAUGUGUUGGAUUCAGCUGCACAAGAAUAUGCUGAAAAGGCAAAUGUUAAUCCACCGGAGAUCAUUGUUGACAACAUCCAUCUUCCACCUGCCCCCAGCCACCAUGAUUCCCAUGAUCCCUACUGCUCUGGAGGAGUGGUGUUGGCUUCUCGAGAUGGAAAAAUUGUCUGUGAAAAUACCCUUGAUGCUCGUUUGGAUGUAGUGUUUCGUAAAAAGCUUCCAGAGAUCCGCAAGCAGCUCUUUGGACAAGUUGCUGUUUAAAGACUUCGCUCGUAUUGUUUCUUUGCCCCUAAAAUAUUUAUAUUUUACUGCAGAGAUUGUCUGUGACCGGAAGAUGUAUCGUGUCAUUGAACCUGUAAUCUUAGUACUACAACUAUUGUCCUUUAGUAAACUUCAUUUUUUGGGUGUCAAUCACUUUCUCAUAUUGUAUUUGAUGGGGCAUGUGAUGGUCUGAAAGUUUAGUGAUAAAUGUUUUCGACUUAAUAAUAAGUAUUUGCUACUGAUCAUUGUUGCAUAUA